AUGCUAUCAACAUGGCAGACAUUAGAGUUGAAAGUAAACUUUGAUCGCAACACUGCAUUUGAUCGUAAUAUUCCAUUUGGUCGUAGUAUUCCAUUUGGUCGUAAUAUAGCAUUUGAUCGUAAUAUUCCAUUUGGUCGUAAUAUAGCAUUUGAUCGUAGUAUUCCAUUUGGUCGUAAUAUAGCAUUUGAUCGUAAUAUUCCAUUUGAUCGUAAUAUUCCAUUUGGUCGUAAUAUAGCAUUUGAUCGUAGUAUUCCAUUUGGUCGUAAUAUAGCAUUUGAUCGUAAUAUUCCAUUUGGUCGUAAUAUAGCAUUUGAUCGUAAUAUUCCAUUUGGUCGUAAUAUAGCAUUUGAUCGUAAUAUUCCAUUUGAUCGUAAUAUUCCAUUUGAUCGUAAUAUUCCAUUUGAUCGUAAUAUUCCAUUUGGUCGUAGUAUUCCAUUUGGUCGUAAUAUAGCAUUUGGUCGUAGUAUUCCAUUUGGUCGUAAUAUAGCAUUUGAUCGUAAUAUUCCAUUUGGUCGUAAUAUUCCAUUUGAUCGUAAUAUUCCAUUUGAUCGUAAUAUUCCAUUUGGUCGUAAUAUUCCAUUUGGUCGUAAUAUAGCAUUUGAUCGUAAUAUUCCAUUUGAUCGUAGUAUUCCAUUUGGUCGUAAUAUAGCAUUUGAUCGUAAUAUUCCAUUUGAUCGUAAUAUUCCAUUUGAUCGUAAUAUUCCAUUUGAUCGUAAUAUUCCAUUUGAUCGUAAUAUUCCAUUUGGUCGUAGUAUUCCAUUUGGUCGUAAUAUAGCAUUUGAUCGUAGUAUUCCAUUUGGUCGUAAUAUAGCAUUUGAUCGUAAUAUUCCAUUUGGUCGUAAUAUUCCAUUUGAUCGUAAUAUUCCAUUUGAUCGUAAUAUUCCAUUGUAUUCAUUUGGUCGUAAUAUAGCAUUUGAUCGUAAUAUUCCGUUUGGUCGUAGUAUUCCAUUUGGUCGUAAUAUAGCAUUUGAUCGUAAUAUUCCAUUUGGUCGUAAUACUGCAUUUGAUCGCGACGCUGUAAUAGAUCGUAAUAUUCCAUUUGGUCGUAAUACUGCAUUUGAUCGCAACGCUGUAAUUGAUCGUAAUACUGCAUUUGAUCGCGACGCUGUAAUUGAUCGUAAUAUUCCAUUUGAUCGUAAUAUUCCAUUUGAUCGUAACAUUCCAUUUGAUCGUAAUAUAGCAUUUGGCCAUAAUAUAGCAUUUGAUCGUAAUAUUCCAUUUGAUCGUAAUAUUCCAUUUGGUCGUAAAUACUGCAAUUGA